AUCUCGUUUCUGCGUGAUUGAAAAUAGGAUAAAGCGCACUGUUUGAAUUUUGUAACGAACCAUUCGAAUUUGAAUCAAAAUGAGUCAUCUAGCUACAGAUGAAAAAAUGGACGUCGAUUCCGAUGCGAAACCCGGCAUGUCGUCGUCUCAUUUGGUCCCGUCUGCGUCGUCCCAGGUAGGACUCGGCAAGUCGGUAUGUGUAGAAUCGCGAAAUGUUAUGGCCGGUAGCGCUACAGUACCGUCUGUGACAUGUUCCCUGCAUCCGUUGGUAAUUAUGAAUAUAUCCGAUCACUGGACAAGGAUUCGUGCACAAAAUGGGUUCAGAUCUCAGGUUUUUGGAGCCCUAAUCGGUAAGCAGAAAGGACGAAACAUCGAGGUGAUGAAUUCUUUCGAAUUAAAGUUCGAUGUAGUAGAAGAUGAGGUGCAUAUUUUGAUGGAUUACUACAAUGUAAAAGAACAACAAUACAAGCAGGUCUUCAGCGAUUUGGACUUUCUCGGUUGGUAUACCACUGGUGGUGUUCCUUCUGAGAAGCACAUCAAUAUUCACAAACAGAUUUGUCAAAUCAACGAAUGCCCAAUUAUGUUAUUGCUAGAUCCAACUAGUCGCAAUAUGAAUCAGUUGCCGAUUUCACUGUAUGAAUCCGUUAUCGAUAUCGUCCAAGGCGACGCAGUGAUGCUUUUUGUUCCACUGACGUACACGUUGGCAACCGAAGAAGCAGAAAGAAUUGGAGUUGAUCACGUUGCUCGUAUGUCUACUAACGAAUCCGAUGAAAAUUCGAGUGUUGCUGAACAUUUGCUUGCUCAGCACAAUGCUAUUAAAAUGCUGCAUUCAAGAGUGAAAAUUGUGUUGGCAUACAUUAAAGCUGUUGAGGCUGGACAACUAGAGGUAAAUCAAGAAAUACUCCGUGGUGCUUUCUCCUUGAGCCGUCGUCUGCCAGUGAUUCAGAACCCAGCCUUCAAAGAAGAAUUUUAUACGCAAUCGAAUGAUGUUGGUCUCAUUACAUAUCUUGGAGCCUUAACAAAGGUGUCCAACGAUAUGAAUCAACUAGUUAAUAAAUUCAACGUUUUAUACGAUCGCCAGGGAAUGGGGCGUAGAAUGCGAGGAUUAUUUUUCUAGACGCUCGGUUUAGUAGUUUGGUCAAAUUUAUUAGAUCCCGUCUACGGUAUAUUUGUACCACAAUACACAGAAUUCAACAAAACCAAGCAACAAACGUAAGAUUUUCAUUUACCGCAUUGUCCACCGGAGCUAGUUGCAGCAUUGUCAGCAGCCUUUUCAUCUUCGCUGAUUUCUUCUUCAUCAUCGUCGGAAUCCUCUUCAUCGUCCGAGCCAUCAUCAUAGUCGUCGUCAUCGUCGGAAUCAGUUUCGUUGUAGCGAUCUGCAGCUUGACGAUAGGCAGUAUACUCGGCAUCGUAAACGUAGUCAUCCUCAUCUCCGGAGUCAUCUUGGCGUUUACGGCCAUAUUUAUG